UGGUAAACCGAAGACUUCUAUAACUAAUGCAUUUAAAAUGGAGAGAGGAAUUGUGGACAGUGAUGAGAUUUUUGAUCCAGGCGGGCAAUCCAAAUUCGUUCUCAAGAACCUUCAGCAUUACACAGUCCAUCCUCAAUUGGGUCAAUACUAUGAGCCGUUGAAACCCACCGCACUGCAGAAACUCAUGGCUCGGAACGAGAAAGUCUUAAGCUUCAUGCUCAAAGUCACGGAGUAUGAUCAGGAUAAGACCUUACUGAUACUGACCAACAACCCACCUCCCUCCCCGAUGGACCAGCACGGAAAGGACCUCCCGCCAAAAUACUUUCCCAAGGAUUUCCUGCUCAAGGAACGGCAUCAACAGCAUAAACCUACUGAGAACAUCUGCCUACUCUCAAGGCCUCAGAAAAAAACGUUCAGACCUGAGCUGAAAUCAGUCUUCCCUGUGACACUGUGGAAGGGUCCUACAAGAACAUCCAAGCAAGAACAAUGGUUUAGGUUUUCCACCGAGAAUGAUUUUAAGAGUGAAGGGAAAUAUUCGAUGCUCUGUACUUUGAGGAAGCAGAAAAAAAUGUACCCGCAGCUCACCUUUGCUCAAGUCUGUAACAGAGACACGAUAAAAGAUGUCUCCAAGAAGUCAGAAAGUUACACGGCGACUUCGAAGAUGAAUUGGGAACCACUAACCCUUGCAUCGCUUCUAAAGGAGAAGCCCACCAGGAUCGCGCCUGGGGAGAAAGACUUCCGCUUUGGAAGGGCCCAGCAUUGGUUCAUUAAAAAUACCACUGUCAUUAAGUAA